AUGUUUUAUGAAGAUUAUGGAUAAGAUGUUUAUAUCUUUGAGGAAUAAACUAUUGAAGAAAUCUAAAAUAAUAUUGAAUUUACAACAUUAGAGGAAUACAAAAAGUUGACAACUUUUGAGAAAAUUUACUAAUAAAAGAGUCUUUAUCAACAUAUUAAAUCUUUGAAAAAUGAUUACCUAAAGAAUAUCUGCAUUAAAGAAUUGAGUAAUUCACUAGUUGAAAAUUGUGAUGAGCAACUAGUAAUUCAAGUUUAUGAUGAUAUUCUUGAUACACCACUCAAUGAUUUACCUUUAUAAUUAUUGAGUAAGAGUUCUUAUGUAGUUUCUUCUGAUAUACCAGAAGUAUUUUUAUAGGAGUUUCCUCAUUCAGUAAAUAACAAAUAUGCAUGGAUUGAUAAGGGAGAUCAAAUUCAAUAUGGAUUAGAAAAACCAUGUAUUUUAAUUUAUCCAAAUGUAAUAUUGGGAAUGUAGAAAACAUUCAAUAAAACUGAUCUUAAGUGUUAAGCUGAUUUAGUAUAUUAUAACAAUCAAUUAUAUCAAAAUUAAACUGUAUAUUUUGAAUAAAAGGGUAUUCGAAUUAUGGGAUAAUAAUUUAGCAAAUUAGAAAAAUUUUAUGUAUAUUAAUAAAGCAAUAAUAUUGAUAAAACUAAAACUAAAUUAUGUAAGAAAUUAUCAAAAAAAGGAUUGAUUCAUUCAUUAUUAAUAUAAUUAGCAUAAGAGAAAUUUGAGAAUAAAUCAAGUGUUAAUAUGUUAUUAUAUGAGUGUUUAUUAUUUGAGAAUUAAGAUUGGUGUUAAAGAAUUAUAAGUUAGGAUUGGCUCAAUAAUGUAAUUACUUUAUGUUUAGAAGAUCCUAAAGAUAUAUCUAUAUUUCAUUAAGUAGUUUAUGAUAAUCUAUUAUAAAUUGAUCUAAAUAAUUAUACUGAAUAAUAAGUAGAUUAAUUACUAUUGAGAUUACAUUAAUAUUAUGAAGCUAAUUCAUUAGAUUUGAAAUAAAAGAAAGUGGAAAAGUAGCCACCAAAGAAGGUUGAAGAACCACCUAAGACAACUCAAUAAACAACAAAUUCUAAUAAUAAAUAAAAGGGAUCUAAACCAAAGGGAAUUGGAUAUGGAGAUAUUAAUUAUUCAUCAACUUAUUAAUCUUAAUAGAAAAAGAAAGAAGUUUAAGUUUUGGAUUCUGAUUUAAUUUAUUAAUAAGCUGAAGGAUAUAGAUGGAAGAUAUUAAAUGAAAUAUUUAAGAAAUUAAAACACUUAAAUCUUGAUUAUAUUCUUAUGAUAGAAGAUUCAUGUCUUAUACCAGUUAUUAAAAGCAUAAUAUCAUCUUUAAGUAAAAGUCAAACAAUAUCAGAUAAAUUUGAAGUUAUUUAGAUAGUCUUUGUAUUAUUAAAUAAGUUCUUAACCGAAGAAGCUAUGCAUCUAUUUACUUGUAAAGAUUAUGGUGAUAUUUCAUUAUUUGAGGUUAUACAAAAAGUUAAUAAUGAAUCAGUAUUUAUUCAAAACAAAGAUAAUUAAGAAUUAAAUUAAAAGAUUAAAUAAAAUUUUACAAAUUAAGAUACUCAAUUAAGUGAAGUAUUAAAAGAACUUCAAGAUUUCUUUAAUAAAUUAAUUAUAAUUUUAGAGCAGAAUAAAUAUAUUGAUGUAAAAUUUGAAGAAACUGAAACUUAAUAAAUAUAGGAUCCUGCAUAUUUAUAUCCUAUGAUUAUGAAACCUUUAGUUUUGAGAACUAGUGAAGUAAUUAAAUAAGCAGGAUGGAAAAAAUAAUUGGACGAAGCUUAUUCUCAUUUAUCUUCAUCACCUCCAAAUAAGAAAAUGAAUAGAAUCAUAAAGGAAUUGUCAGAUAUUGGUGAGAAUUUGCCACUUUAAUUAACUAAUUCAAUAUUUUUAAGAUAUGAUAAAGAUAGAAUGGAUGCAAUGUAAGCUAUGAUUUUUGGUUCAAGUGGAACACCUUAUGCUCAUGGAGCCUUUUUAUAUAAUUUUUUAUUUUGUGAUGAUUAUCCUUCCAGACCUCCAAAAUGUUUAUUAGAAACUACUGGCCAUGGAAAAGUUAGAUUCAAUCCUAAUCUUUAUAAUUGUGGAAAAGUAUGUCUAAGUUUAUUAGGUACAUGGGGAGAUAAUUGGAAACCUAAUGAAUCAACUUUAUGGCAAAUCUUAAUUUCAAUAUAAGCAAUGGUUAUGUCUGAAUAUGUAUAUUUCAAUGAACCAGGUUGGGAAAGUAGUAUGGGAACAGUAGAUGGUGAAAAGAAUAAUAGAGGUUAUUGUAAUAUAGUUAAAUUGGCUAAUAUUAGAUAUGCAAUGAUAGAAUAAUUAUAGAAACCACCAGUUGGUUUUGAAGAAGUAAUUUAAAAGAGUUUUUAUUUAAGAAAAGAUGUUAUAAUUAAAGAAGUUUAAUAAUGGAUUGAUGAAGCUGAUUUGCCAGUUAAUUAUCAUUGUACAUAAAAUCAUAAUAUUUCUGCUCCAUUUUAAUAAUAACCAUAGAAAUUUAAAAGCAUUUUAACAGCAGAAUUUGAAGCAUUAAAAAAAGAACUUGAAAAAUUAAAAGUUUGUAUAACUCAUUAAUCAGAUAAAAAAAUAUUGUCAAUAAUGUAGAGAUAAUCUUAUACUCAAAUAUAAUAAGAGAAAAAGAAAUAACAUGAUAAGAAGAAAGAAGAAAUAAGUGAAUUUUUAAAAAGUCAAUUGCCAGAGAUAGAUGUAAGUGAAAGUAAUGUUAGUAAUAGAUAAUUUGAUAUACAGAAUGCAGAGGUUUAAAAUCUUAUGUCUAGAUAUAUAGGUGUUAUGGGUUUAGAUUCUGUUAGUAAAUAAUCAUAAGCAAGUGUAAUCAUAUAUGGAUUGGGAGCAUUAGGUAUAGAAACAGCCAAGAAUCUAGUUUUAUCAGGUUUGAAAAGAUUAACAAUAAUAGAAGACAAGAAACUCAAUAAUUAGGGAUAGUUUUUUGUUUAAAAUGAAGAUUCAACUAGAUUAGAAUAGAGUUUGCUUCAUUUAUAAGGAUUAAAUCCUUAUGUUCAAAUUGACUAUUCUAAUGAUAUUAUAUCAUCUAUUAAGAGUUAGAAUUAUUAAGUAGUAUGUUUAUGUGAAGUAGAUUCACUUAAAGAUAUCAAUAUUAUAUCAUAAAUCUGUAGAGAAUAUAAAAUUGGUAUGAUUGUAUCAUAAUUGGUUUCUGUUUAUGGAAGGAUUAUGAUUGAUCUAGGAGAUUAAUUUAUUGUUAAUGAUGCUGAUGGAGAAUAAGUUUAAGAAUUUAUUAUUGAAAAUAUAGAUUAAGAAUAAGGUAUUAUUGAAAUUAAAGGAAAACAUAAUUUAAGUCCAAAUGAUGUUAUAGAACUUAAAGAAAUUAUAUAAGAAAAUGGAAAAUCACUCAAUAAUUAAUAAUUAAAUGUUGUUAAAGUAAUCAAUAAAUCAACUAUAUUUGUUGGAGAUCUUAGUUAAUUUGGUAAAUAUUUAAGAAAUGGAAGAGGAUAGACUGUUAAAUAAAAGAUUAUUCUAUAAAAUAAAUAAAUGAGUACAAUUAUAAUAGAUCCAAUAUUUGAUCCAAAUUUUAUUUUGGAUGAAUAGAAAUUUACAAUUAUUAAUGAGUAAAUGAAUAGAUAUUCUAAUUAAAGUGGAGAUAUUAAUGAAUUAUUCUAAAAAACUGGGAAUCAAAUAUUUCCACCAUAAGCUGCCUAUUUAGGUGGAAUAGUUUGUUAAGAAAUUAUUAAAGCAAUUACUCAUAAAUAUAUGCCAAUUAGAUAAUGUUAUUUUCAUACAUGUGAAGAAUUAUUAGAUGGUAAUCAUAUAUUAGGAAAGGAUUUAUAAUUGGCUAUUGAAAAAUGUAAAGUACUUUUGAUUGGAGCUGGAGCUAUUGGAUGUGAAUUAUUAAAGAAUUAUGCAAUGAUAGGAUUAGGAAUUAAUGGGAAUAUUAUUGUUACUGAUCCUGAUGUAAUUGAGAAAUCUAAUUUAAGUAGAUAAUUUCUAUUUAGAGAAAAACAUCUUAGACAACCAAAAUCAUAUACUGCUGCCAGAGCUUGUAUGAAAAUGAAUCCUUAAAUGAAGAUUGUUGCUAGAUUAGAUAAAAUCUCUCCAUAAACAGAACGUUUAUAUACUAAUGUAUUUUAAUAUGUAGAUAUUAUAACUAAUGCACUUGACAAUGUUUAAGCCAGAUUAUAUGUUGAUUCAUAAUGUAUUGAACAUAUGAAACCUUUACUUGAAAGUGGUACUUUAGGACCAAAGGGACAUGUUUAAGUCAUAUUGCCUAAUUUAACAGAAAGUUAUGGUAGUAAACAAGACCCAGAAGAAAAUAAUGAGAUACCUUAUUGUACUCUCAAAAUGUUUCCUGAAGAUAGUAAUCAUUGUUUAGAAUGGGCUAGAGAUAAAUUUGAAAAACUAUUCACAACUAAAAUAUAAUAAAUUAGAUAAACCUUUUUAUUUAAAGAUUUCACUAUUGAAGGAUUAGAGACAACUCUUAAAUUCUGUUAAAAUAUGCCCAAAAAUUUUAAUGAUUGCAUUUAAUAUGCUCUUAAUAAAUUCUAUAAAUACUUUGUAUAUGGAAUUAUGGAUCUAUUGAAGGCAUAUCCAUUAGAUCAUGUUGUUAAUGGAAAAUUGUUUUGGUCAUCUCCCAAAAGGCCUCCAUAGAUAUUUGAAUUUAAAGGUGAAGAAAUGUAAAUGAAAUUUAUUUAAUCUGUAUCUUAAUUAUAUGCUACAGCUUUGGGUAUUGAAAUUCCAUAAUAAAUUGAUUAUGAAUAAACACUUAAGAAUAUAAAACCUAAAGAAUAUAAAGAAAACAAAGAAAAAUUAUAAUAGAUAUAAGAUUAAGUUUAGAAAGAUGCAUAAGCUAAAGUACAAGAAGAAGGAAAUCAAGAUAAUUAACAGUAAAGUUAAUAAGAAUUAAUCAAUCAAAUAAUUGAAUAUUUUAAAGAUUAUUAUGAAAUGACAGAUUCAACCCCAAAAUUAUUGAAAUCUUUAGAUUUUUUACCUUAACCUAUAUAAUUUGAGAAAGAUGAAGAUGAUAAUCAUCAUGUAGAAUUUAUUCAAGCUGCCUUGAAUUGUAGAGCUUAAAAUUAUGGUUUAGAACCUUUGGAUUGGUUAACCACAAAGUUAAAAGCAGGAAGAGUAAAUAUAUAUAUUAAUAUAUUAGAUUGUUCCUGCAAUGGCUACAACAACAGCAUGCAUAGCAGGUUUAUAAACUAUAGAAUUAGUAAAAGUAAUUAAAAAGUUAAUGAUUGAUGAGAACUUAAAAUUAGAAACUUUUAAGAAUAUGUUUUUGAAUUUAGCUAUUCCAUAUGCACUUCAAUCAGAACCUGGAGAAUGUCAAUAUGAAUAAAUAAACGGUAAAAAUUUUUCAUUCUGGUCAAAAUGGGAUGUACAUUUUAGUUCUUAAGUAAAUAAUUUAGAAAAGUUUAUAACAUAUACAGAGUAGGAAUUUGGUGAAAAAGUCACUUGUAUCAAAUAAAAAGCUAAGUUACUCUAUUCUCCAAUUAUGUUCAACAGUAAAGAAGAGGAAUAAAACUUAUUAUAAACACCAAUCUAUUUGCUGUUUGAAAUUCAAGACUUUGAAGAAUAUGUAGAGUUAGAUAUAACCUUUUAAAAAAGGAUAAAAUGCAGAUUUUAUUAUUGA